GGAGCAGGAGGGUCAUCAGUUCAGCAGUAAGGCCCGGGGAGAAGGACGAGCCUUGCCUUUCCAGACGCGAGAUUUCCGAAAUCCAGAACGCAAGAAUCCACCUCCAUCCUCCGUGCGUUGCGGUGCGUCGUUGGGGAUAAAAUCUGGCUCUCAUCGUUUAGAAAUAGAUACUGUACGUUGGGGACCACGGAGUGACAGUUACUCCGGAUUAAUAAGCAGUUAAUUCGGUCCUACCAAAGCACAUACCAACAUGGCCUCAGGGAAUGGCAGCAAUCCAGCGGACAGCAGGAGGACAGGAGAGAGACGCAGAUCAUCCCAGGAAAUAGCAUCAGAAGAUUUGGUGGCUCAACAGACUUUGGAGGUCUUCCAGAGCUAUGCUUUCCAUCGAUACCAGCAGGAGCAGGAGCAGACUGAGGGGGAUGUGCCAGUCGACCCAGAAAUUGCUGCAAUUCAGCAGGAGCCAGACAGUGUCAACAGCCAGGUGGGUCGACGCUUAGCUAUGAUUGGUGAUGACAUCAAUGCACGGUAUGACAAGGAGUUCUCUGAGAUGCUGAAGUCCUUGCAGCCUUCCAGGGACAAUGCAUAUGAUUACUUCAUCAGAAUAGCCUCCAGUUUGUUUGAAAGUGGCAUCAAUUGGGGUCGUGUGAUAGCCCUGCUGGGCUUUGGUUAUAGGAUGGCAAUCUAUGUAUACCAGCACGGGAUGACUGGCUUCCUGAGAAGUAUUGCACAAUAUAUGACUGAUUUUGUGCUACGCAACCGCAUUGCCCGAUGGAUUGCUCAGCAAGGAGGAUGGGUGGCAGCACUGAACUUGAGCAACGUUUAUUUGAAAUACAUGGUGAUUUUUGCAGCCACGAUCUUGUUGGGCCACUUCGUUCUGCGGCGUUUCUUCAGUCAGUGACAGGAAAGGAGAAUGCUGCUGGCUUGUUGCAUGAGAAAGGAAGAUCCAAGAAAGAACCAAAGGGAAAGUGAUGCAUGUUACCAGCUUCUGUUCCACCAGGGUAUCUGUUUGUUUAUCCUCUACGUGGUGAUUCCAAAGCAAAAUUUUAGUAUUAAAAAGAAGGGUGGAACCAAGCAUGGGGCAGAAUUAUUACAUCGAGGCCAUUGACCAGCAACUCUUCAUGAGAAAUGUCCAGGCAGGUGCUCAUGGUGUUGCAGGUGAGAAAAUGGAUGCACUUUCCUCUGCAAGGUCUUUUUAAGAAGAACACAUACUCUUCAAGAACAUUCUCAGGACUAAUCGAAGUCUUAACCAGCUGAAUCUCAUCACAGGAAGAGCAAAACUACAUGGGACUAUUCCUUGAUCUGUGUAGACCUGUUCUGAGCAGUUUUUCUGCUCCUACAAGUUGGACUAGGUCUGAAAUAAUUGAGUGAUUGUAGAGCUCUCUGGAUUUAUCUGAGAAUCACAUGCAAGAUUAGAUCCUCUAGAUAUGCGUAUAUCUAGAUAUUCUAGAGGAGAAGGGAAAAAAGUGAUAGCUUCGAUAUUUUGUUAGAGUACAGGCACUUUUUCAUUCACUUGAUAAUUGCUGUCCUAAGAUAGUUGUAAUGGUAGAGCAGCUCCUCUUACUUGCUUUGAAACAACGUUGCAAUGAAUCUUCUGUGGUGAAGAGAGUCAGCUGCUCGUAAAGGUUAAGAAAUGAGGUCUUGCUUCUUUUCAGAGGAUGGUGCUAUGUUCCGCUCUUGAUUAGUCAUGAUUGUGGUUCACCUUAAAGGGGGAUGUGUGUUUGGGGUGAGUGACAAACAUUUCUUCGGGUUCCAUUAUACUUGUUUAUCUUGUUUAUCUCUUCGACAAUCGUUAAAUGUGUCUGACACAAAGGAUGGACAAAAUGUGAUUUCCUGCUGUCACAGGAGUUGGAACCUCUGCUUUCCCCAAGGGAAAAUGGGCAGAAUCCAGCCAAGUUGAGCACAUUUUAAGGUUAUCUCCUGUGAAAUUAGUGAGGCUUGCUUCUGAGUAAAUACACAUAUAAUCAGGCUGCAUCUUUUAUUGAUUUCAGUGGGAAGUUGAAUAUGUGCUUAAGCUUCCAUCUGAAAUCAAUGGAAUUUACAAGUGCUUAACAUUGUUUGGAUCAUGCUUAACUGAAGUUCUUCCUUGCCUGUUUACCAAGCAUCUCAGUAGAAAUGCAGAAUUCUUUGCAACAGAAGCAGGCAAAUGUGCAAAGCUGAAAUUUUCUAUUCAGAGUAAUUGUUUUUUAAUCUUGGGAGGAUUUUUUGUUGUCAUUUUUUUAAAAAACCAAAGCUAAUUCUAAUAUUUUCCCUCCAACACUCUCCCAAAUGUUUAUUUUGUAUAGCUUUUUUCUGCUGCUGUCUUAGACAUUUUGAUGUCUAAGAUAAAACUACUAUGGAUGUCAGGAAAAACUGAGAUUUCGGAUACAACUCUGUUUGCUUUCCACGCUUUAUAAAGCCAUAACUCAAUAGUUGAACUUGAUGAGUAGUUUUUCCUGUCAUUCUGUUACCAAAAACUCUUAAGCAGAUGACUUGAAUAUAGUAUGAAUAUUUUUUUACAUUUCUGAAGUUCUUUUUAAAAAGACACUCCAAAGAUCUUCUGAAUGCACAUGUCAGAAUUUUUUUUAAUCUUCAAUUUGAAUACUGAAAAAUAUUAACAGUUUUCAGUUUGAACGUAAUGAUAUCAAUCUGAACCUGAUCAUAGUCUUAAAGGAAUUGUCAUGACAGGGGAUAUGUAAAUACCUCUAUUUCCUUUUAUAUGGAUCAGUGUUUGAGGAGUUGGCCAAUGUUUGAACCUCUUAUGGUAGGAAAGUAAUCUAGUACACUCAUUUUAAUGCACUUUUCUUCUUGAGUUUUCCUUAAACCUGUCUGUAUGCAUAUUUUACCCUAAUAUACACAUUUUUGUGUGCACAUCUCCUUAAUAUAUACAUUUUUGUAUGAAUAUUUUUGAGUUGCAAAUUGUAUCUCAAACUUACGAAAAGUGCAGAUUUCAGUAUGCAGAUUCACAUUGGUGAACCUGAUAAGUUCCUGUGUCAAUUGAACAAAUGUCUCCCUUAUUCCUAAACAUGGCACUCUGCUGGUAGUGCUUUAAGUUAUGGAACAAAACAGUUCUAAACCUUUAGAAUAAAGCCAUUUCCAGAAACUCCUGCAAAUGAACUCUUUCUAAAGCCCUUCAUAUGUGAAUGGCUCAGCACAGUAACUUAAGACAGGAUGACUUACAGUUAGGGGGUUCAGGCAGAUGCUUCUUGUAAGUAAGAGCUUUAUGAUGGUCAUAGGUCCAACCAAAGCAAAUAGUAGAAUGCACAGUAAGUGUCACUAGUUGAUCUGAAGCUUGCUCAGUUUUUCACUAGUGCAGUGCAGUAGAUGGUUCUGUAGUCCACAAAACCUGUACAAAAGCAGCUGCUGAUAUAUAGCAGUCCAUACCAGAGACUACUUGGAAAGGCCUGAGCAUUGAAAAACAUCACCUUUUUUUAACAUUAAGGUCAGCUGUUCUGCCAAGUGCUUGAAGGCAUCUCUUGCAGCUAAUUUUGCUUCCUUGAUGCUGGGAAUGAAUUGGGUAUUUUCCCUCAAGAACUUACUUUGAGGUCCUGUCACAAGCUUGCCCUACAGUCUCUCCCAAGUGUCACUUAGUGGGUGAAUCUACCUUGGAACUCUCAGGUUUGGGUCCAAAGGAGACCAAGGCCCCAAUUGCUGAAACUCAGUAUAAACUAUGGUCAGAAAAUAGCAGGAGAAGGACUGCAAUAGGAGCAUCUUUCAGCCAGAUGCAGGUUAUCCUUAAUGCCUUAUAGACGCUUGCACAGACACUGUAGUAUUCUGUGCUUUUUCCCCAUUAUUGGUUCUAGGGUUGCUUUGUUCAGAUCUAGGUUUCUCUUCCUCCAGUUGAUUCAUUUAUGCCGAGUAGCAAAGUUUUCAUCUCUCACUCCUGUCAUUAUUCUGCUGCUUUUUACAGUUUUAUGUGAAGGCCACAGUCAUUCCCACACAAUUCUGUUGCCUGGGGCUAACUUUGUCUAUAGGCAGCAUUGAGGCUGCUAUCUUAGGUGCCUCCUAAGGACAGAAAGCUGAUCGUUGUUUUUACUGUCAGAGGAGGAGAGCAGAAGUUGUGAGAUUUUUCUGCCUCGGGUGUCAGAGUAAUUUGGCUAGUUUUGGUGUGAUAAUCCUUGACUUUGCAAGCAGGAAAAGCAACAGACAAUUUGCUCCUCUGCCUGCCAGGUGACAAGAAGUCUUGGGCUAACAUGUUUUAGAUGGAUGUGAAAGUGAGCCCACAAAUGAAUAAACAACAAAUAAAUAGAGGAUGCCCAAUGAGAUUUAGGAAGCAGACCUGGAUAUGACUGCCAAGGACAUUUUCCAGAAGCUUGAGUAACUCUAGUUGAUUAGUGCAAGCAAAUAAUUACAUAGAAUAAAUGCCUAGCUACAGAUAGGCAUAAAAGAACAUUAUUUGCUUUGCUGCAUAAGAUGUUCCUGUGUCCACCUUUUGUCCUUCCCUGCAAAUUGGGGAAAACGUGGCUCUCAUUUCCAUUGCCCUCAUGGGUAGGAUGCCAGAAGAUUAAUGAAUACACUAGGAUGAACCCACUGCAUCUUACUAUAAAGCAUGCCAGUUUCUUCUCCUCUGCCUUUACUGGCCAUGGAUGCUUGGGACAUUACUUGGUUAGGUGUUCCCCAAGACAAGACAGCAUGUGGCCUUUUAACAGUUCAUUGUAGGUAGAACUGCCAUGGAAUCCUGCUGAAAAUUCCUUUUUUAAUAUAUAAAUUUUACUGGAAGUUUUACAAAGAAAACAAAAGAAAAUCAACACAAACUAAUAAAGAGUAAAAGGAGCAAAGAAGGAAAGAAAAAGUGCAUAAAGAAAAAAAAGAAAUAGAAGCUUCUGAUUUCUUUUGCAGCAAAUAUAAGUACUAUUACAAAAUUAACUCUUACUCCAUGGUUUAAAAAACGUUCACUUUUUUCUGUUAUCCAGGUUUUUUUUCCCUAAACAUCAAAACCACAAAUCAUAAGUGCAUUUUUUUUCCAUUUCAUGCAAAAUGUCUGUAAGGGGUUUCCAGUCAGCCAUAAAUGUAGCUAUUGUUUUUUCUUUAAUCACAGAAGUUAAUUUAGCCAUCUCUGCAAGUUCCAUCAUCUUCACCAGCGAAUUCCUGCUGCAAAUUCGAAGGCACACAAGGAAUUCUAGCCAGGCUUAUUAGCUCUGUUACCCCAUCUGAACAGAAGGGUUGCCUUACACCACCUCCCAAUCUGCCUGUCUCACUAGGAAAAACCAUAGUGGUGGUAGAAAGUUGCCUGCCAUUGCUAAUUAUACUGAGGUUCCCCAAUAAGUUUUGAAGGCAUGGCAGGAUUCUCAGCCCAAUUUAAAGACCAAAGCCAUCUUGCCAGCUACUACAGUAUUGUUUACAGGAGGGGGAGAGAGAGAACUACUAAGGGAAUGUCUGAUAAUAAAUAUGCCACACCUUUCAUGUUGCCUUGAAUCUGUCAAGGUAGACCUCUCUCCCAAUUCCCUUCAGAUGUAUUGGACUAUACCCCCUCCCCCCAAAUCUCUAUCCAUCUUAGUCAAUGAGACAUGCUAGCAGGGUAUUAUGGGACUUGUAAGCCAAAACAGGUGAAAGGUGACCGACAGGAAGCUCUGGCAUGGGCUGGUCCAUGAAGAGUCAGAAGCAACUGAAUGAAUAAACAAAACCCAAAACAACUGAAGGAUACCAAGUUAGGGAGAGCUACUUCAAGGGUUGCCCUUGUUUCCAGGAAGGACUGAAUAGAGAACUCUUAAGAGCAGCUGCAGAAAUGGUGGAGAGGUUACCUCACUGUUUUAUAGAAGCAUUUUUGUGACAGUCAUAGGAGCCAGACUGCCUGAUAACUUGAAUGAACUUGAAGGAUAUGUCAAUAACAAUUCAUUCUUACAGUUUCCCAAUUCUGCCAAGUAUGCAUAUCAGUAAAAGAAUUCCUAAGGGCACAGAAUUUAAUAUUUCUAGCAAUAUGAGAAUUCCAGUCAGGCAAGAACAAGUUCCUAAUGGUUUUAUAAAGGCUUGUCAGCUGGAACUGGAAUUGCUCCAGUAGAUACAUUGUGCAGCCUUAGAAAUGUCUGCUACUGACAUCUUAGAAGAUGUAGGUAUGAUAUCUGUUAAGCUGUGGUACAGUGGAGUUCAGCUUUCUGAACGCCUGAGUUUUCUUUAAAAGAAUGUAUUUAGCCCAUUUGAUUGUGAAAAUAUUUUGAAAACUGGGUAAUCCUGUUGAAAUUGAGCCAGAGUAGUAGCAAUAUAACAUUUCCAAUAGUUACUAGGGAAGCUCUGUUGAACUCCAUAAUUUCUUGUGCCUCUCCGUAACUAACAGAUUGACAUCUUCAAAAUAAGUAUUACAGAUUACAGAAUUUUCCAUUUUUGGUUUAAAAUUUGAGUAGUUUGGGCACAGCAUUUUAACCCAUAAACAUGUAAGACAGAGCCUGAUACAACUAUAUCUCUGCCACCCUAUCGAUUUAAGGUGUAUUUGCUUCAACACAUGAAGAACGUGACAUGAAUGGUUUCUGAGAACUGGAUAGCACCAUUUGAUUUAAAUUCUCCAUCUGAGCCAUGGGAACAUGUUCCUCAUUAAAGCAUUGUAAACAGUCCCGAUGACUUGUGUGGCAGCUUAGAAUUUACAUCCAUGAAAGAUGAAGGCGGUGGUUUACUAAAUGGAAACUGUCCAGUUGAUGAAGAAAUAUGUUGGGGUUUUUUUUAGUUGGUUAUAGUUUUUUUUAAGUUACAUACUUGAAUAAUGUAAUAAUGAAUGACUUUGCUUUGUGCCCUAUUUAAAAGUUUAUUGUUUCCAUGCAUCAUACCCAGGUUUAGAACCCCCUUUCCUCAGGAAUUUAAAGGGAAUUAAGCAAACACAAUAGAGCAGUGUUUCCCAACCUUGCCAACUUUUAAGAUGUGUGGACUUCAACUCCCAGAAUUCCCAUGCUGGCUGGGAAACACUGUUUAAGUGGUACUAGCCUAUCUGCCAAUCAGCCAGAAUCCCCCUUUCCGUUAUUUUAUUUAGAAAUCAGAGUCACCAGGGAAAGCGAGAGCUUUCCACUCACAAAAUACCCCUGGAAAAGAGCUGCAGUCUUCAAAUCACUUAGGUAGGGACCAUUAAGUCCAACUAUAGAUAGCAGACUUUGGAAUAAAUUCAGAUCUUGAAGAAUCUUGUUGGGAUCAUAACUAUCCUUUCAACUUGCACUGGGUUGAGGUUUGGAAUUAUUAUCAAUGCAGUUAAAUACAGGAUAGCAUCUAGCAGAGAUAUUUCAUCUGACCUCAAUAUACCAAGAAGGAGAGACUUCUGUUGGUGUUGGGCAAAGAAAAUAAUCAUGUCUCAAGCAAAAAAGAACCACAGGUGGGCUCCAUUCUACCUCCAUCAUAGAAAAAAGGAAGUGACUCUCCAUAGGGGUGCUAUUGUUUCUGGAGAUACAGAGAAUGUGUCUUGCCACAUGCCAUAAAUGUACAAGCAUUUCAUUGUAUGCCAUAUCCCUGAGGAAAUGUAUUGAGUUUUUCCCAGAAAGCUGAAUCUUUUACAUACUUCUGAUUUU